UGAGUUGUGAGCUCGCCACACAAACGAGAGAAGCAAAGAUGAGCGAGCCGGUGCCGGUGAGGCUGCUGGGCUCCUUCGGGAGCCCGUUCACGCACCGUGCCGAGGCGGCGCUCAGGCUGAAGGGGGUGCCUUACGAGUUCAUCCAGGAGGACCUCGGCAGCAAAAGCGAGCUGCUGCUCCGGCACAACCCCGUGCACAAGAAGGUGCCCCUGCUCCUCCACGGCGACGACGACGACGACAUCCGCGCCGUCGCCGAGUCGCUCGUCAUCGUCGAGUACGUCGACGAGGCCUUCGAGGGCCCGCCGCUCCUGCCGGCCGACCCGCUCGCCCGCGCCGCCUCCCGCUUCUGGGCGCAGUUCGCCUCCGACAGGUGCUCGAGGACGCUGUUCAAGGCGCUGUGGACGCCGGAGGGCGAGGCGCGGAGGGGGUUCGUGGAGGAGGCCAAGGAGAACCUGGCGCUCAUGGAGGCGCAGCUGGAGGGGAGGCGCUUCUUCGGAGGCGACUCCAUAGGGCUCCUCGACAUCGCCGCCAGCGGGCUCGCCUGGCUCCCCGUGCUGGAGGAGGUCGCCGGCGUGGAAACUAGCAUGAUCCGCGAGGAGGAUUACCCUGAGUUGUGCCGGUGGCGCGGGGAGUACGCCUCCGACGAGGCCGUGAAGAAGUGCUUGCCGAGCAGGGACGAAAUGGUCGCCUACUACGCGGCCAUGAAGGACCGUUUCGUGCUCCAUGCCAAGUCAAUGCACAAGAAAUAAGACCAAAAUUGUACCGAACAUUGUUGCGUGUGUAGUGAGUUAUGACCCAAAACUUUCCACGUAAACAAAUUAUUUUCUUAACACAGGUCAAUCAAAGUCGCUCACAAUGUAAAAAUAUAUUUAGCCGUUACAAC